AUAAAGGGUCAGGAUCGGCUCAGUCAGGACAAGAAGAAGAAAACGCAAAAUCUCAACGUGCUGUCAUAUGCUAAAGAGUCAUCAUGGGCUCCUUCACACUGUCCGCAUUCCUCUUUCUUGCUGUUGUGUCCAGCAUGACUUUGGUGUGUCAAGGUGCUGCGAUAGAAUUUUGUCAGGGUUCCUGCCCUGAAGGUUGGUUUAACUACGAAGACCGCUGUUUCCAUCACGUGGCUGAAAAGAAGACAUGGCUUGAUGCUGAGCUAAACUGUCUGCAUCUUGGGGGAAAUCUGGUCUCAGAGCACAAUGAAGAUGAACAUGAGUUUCUUAAGCAUCUCCAUAAGACUCUGGAUGAUAAAAAUGGCCCAUUCUGGAUUGGACUGUCAGAUGCCCACAAGGAGAAAACAUGGCUGUGGUCCGAUGGUACAAGAGCAAGCGGUAAAGACUAUACAAGGUGGAAUCCGGCAGAGCCAAACAACUUUGGGGGCAAAGAGGACUGUGUGCACUCAAACUAUGGAGGCAAGAAAAACUGGAACGAUGUUAAAUGUGACCGAAAGUAUCCGUCCAUCUGUUCCUUGAGAUCCAAUAACUGAUUUGGCCCUGCAUGAAGGCGAAUCAGCUCAUGAAGAGGCUGCUGUGUGUCUCUUAAUAAAGUUC